ACCGGCCACGCUGCGAGCUGAGCAGAACCGCGAAAGGAAGGCGCGAAGAGAGAGAGAGAAUGAAGAUAGUGACGUACAACGUGAACGGCCUUCGGCAGCGCGUAGCGCAGUUCGGUUCUCUUCGGAAUCUUCUCAACUCUUUCGACGCCGACAUCAUUUGCUUCCAGGAGACGAAGCUCCGCCGUCAAGAACUCACCGCCGAUCUCGUCAUGGCCCCCGGUUAUGAAUCCUUCUUCUCCUGCUCCCGCUCCUCCCAGAAAGGCCGUACCGGCUAUUCCGGUGUCAUCACAUUUUGUCGUGUGAAGUUGGCAUUUGCAAGUGGUGAAGUAGCCUUGCCAGUAUCAGCAGAAGAAGGCUUUACUGGUCUUAUGGGAAAUUCCGAAGCUUGCAAAGUCGAAUUACCUUUCCUAGCGGAAGAUAUUGAGGAAUUUUCACAAGAUGAGCUUCUUAGUGUUGAUAGCGAAGGGCGAUGCGUUAUCACUGAUCACGAUCACUUUGUUCUUUUCAAUGUGUAUGGACCAAGAGCCGGAGGUGAUGACGAAGAAAGGAUUCAGUUUAAACAAAAAUUUUACCAGAUAUUACAGAAAAGAUGGGAGUCUCUUCUGCAUAUGGGAAGGAUAAUAAUUGUUGUUGGUGAUCUCAACAUCGCGCCAUCUGCAAUUGAUCGAUGUGAUGCAGGACCUGAGUUUGACAAUAAUGAGUUUAGAAGAUGGUUCAGAUCAAUAUUACUUGAAAAUGGAGGCCAAUUUUCUGAUGUCUUCAGAACAAAGCAUCCUGAUAAAAGGGAAGCAUAUACAUGCUGGUCGCAAAGUACAGGUGCUGAAGUAUUCAACUUCGGCAGUAGAAUUGACCAUAUUCUUUGUGCUGGUUCAUGCUUACAUGAAUCAGGUGACAUGCAAUGCCAUAGCUUUGUAAGAUGCCAUGUUCAGGAGUGUGACAUUUUGACACAGUAUAAACGGGCUAAACCUGAAAGCAUACUAAGUGCACACAGAUGGAAAGGAGGACGGAGCAUCAAGCUGGAAGGAUCUGAUCAUGCCCCAGUUUUUAUGACUUUAGUUGAUAUUCCUGAUGUCUCUUUACAUAGUACUCCCUCUUUAUCUUCUAGAUAUGUUCCCAUGGUUCAUGGCUUACAGCAAACUAUAGUGUCAGUUUUGAUGAAAAGACAAGUUUCUGAGGGCAUCGAAGAACCAGUCGAAAAAACUGGUUUGCCUGCCAUGUUUCCAUGUGAUAAUAAUAAUUAUCCUCCAAGCCAGGGUUCUGAAGGUAGCAUUUUGGAGUUCAACGAUACUUGUGGAAGUUCUUCUCAGGAGGCUGUUUCAAAAUCAGGAAGUGAAUAUACAAAAUCAAUAACCAUGCAGUGCAAUGUAUCCAAGAAAAAGGCUAGAAAUCAAUGGUCCCAGCUCUCCCUCAUGUCAUUUUUCAAGAAAAGUUCAAAUAUUGAAAAUGGUGCCAAUGACUCUUGUACUGAUAAUUUAGAUAAUAAGACAGAAACCUCACAACCUGACCCUUGCGAACUUGAAACUCAGUCGGUGUGUGAUAAUAGUGACAGUCCCAAGCAAUGUAGCUUGGAUACUGAUGCAUGUGAUCUGAAUUUAGCUAAACUAACUGAGAGUUCUAUAAAGAAAGAAAAGAGUAAUAUGGCUUCACUGGAAUGGCAAAGAAUACAUCAAUUGAUGCAGAACAGUAUACCACUCUGCAAGGGCCAUAAGGAACCAUGUGUUGCUCGGGUAGUGAAGAAACAAGGACCCAAUUGUGGACGCCGGUUUUACGUUUGUUCCCGUGCUGAGGGGCCUUCGUCUAACCCGGAAGCAAACUGUGGUUACUUUAAAUGGGCUGCUUCAAAGUCUAGGAACGAGAAAAGCAGCCACUGACAUUUUAACCAAUGAACUAAUAAUGCUUAUGGAGUUACCAGCUUCCUAUUUGAAAGAGCUGCCUCUCCUGAUAAUCCUCCCUGUAGAUUCCCGUUACAGGUAUGAAUCUUAGUCAUAAUCAACCGCAUGCAUGAAUCCGCCUAUCAGAGAUUGUGGGCAUUUCUCCAUAAAAUGAGAAAAACAAGGACCAGACUAGGAAUUGUAUAGAAGUGUUAGUCGGCAAGAAUGCUCCUUCUCGGCACGUGAUCCGUACUUCCAUUGAGACCCGACGCCCAGACACCAAAUCAUGGCGACCGGUAGCUAUUUCGACAUUUAUUUUCUGGAGUUUCUGCUGUAGUUCUUGUUUCUAUGCCAUGCUUGGUCUAAAAUGUGCCCAUUCAAGAUGAGUAAUGGUUUUACUUUGACUGUAACUUAUGGAUUUUGUUCUCCAGUUCAUUUCUUUUUGGCUGAAAGCUUAACUAGAGGCUAGUGGCCACUUGAAGAUGUAGAAUUGUGGUAAUUAAUUAUCAGGGUCUAUGAUCCAUUGGUGGUAGAUUCCACAUAUGAAGAAUACAGUGCAAUUAACAUUACUUUGGUGCACUACUUUGUUCAA